ACUCACACUGACUCCACGGCAGAUUCCACAGCCUCAUCAUCUACUCAUGCCUAUGGAGGCACGGAUCCGUCGUAUCAAGGAAAUCCACAUCUCAAAGCCAUUGACCCAAUGGCCAAUGAUCCGGCCCAGUCCUCGAUUUCAGCGGACUCGGUAUUUACCCCUGGAUUGGGUUUAUCAGGAGCCUUCGGCCAAAACCAGAAUUGUAUUGACCCAACGAGCUUCACUAUGGAUUACGAUAUGAACUCAUCCGCUGGACAAACAUCCACCCUCUCUAUGGUGUCGCCAAGUGAACCCUUCUACUCAGAUCCCCCAUCUCGGCCUAGAGCCCCUUUACGUUCGGAACCUUCCGAUAAUAAUGCUGUUGCAAGGGCAACCUUGAUGCUUAGACCAUCAUCCGUCAGGAGCAAGCAGGACAGAACUCGCGACUCGGUACAGUCCACCAGCUCGUACAGCCCGAUGAAUUCGGAUAUGAGCACGAAGUGGAGCUCAAAGUGUUCUUCCACUUCAUCGUUUGGAGGCCAGUCAGUUUCGUCGUUCAGAAAGCCUUCCCAGAAGCCGAUGCAUUUGUCGGUAAAGAAACCCCAUAGUCGCUCAUCCUCCAUUAGCCGAGCCUCCAACUCUAUCCCAUCUUCUGACAUCCCAUGUACCGACCCUGACUGCUCAAAAACAUUUACAAGGGACCCAGACCGCAAAAGGCACGAGUCUUCAUUCCAUAAGAACAAGGUCGGGUACACCUGUCUUCUACACACGUGCGCAGCAUCUUGCCCGGAGCCCUGCACGGACAAAAUCCAUAAGUCGUCGUACUAUAAUGCUCGACCCGACAAGAUGAAAGAGCAUCUCGAAAAGGUGCACGGUUGGAGACUCAAGCAGAGCGAGAUCCCAGAGGAGUUUCGGCACUCCUAUGAGUGGCAGCAAAGGGGCUGGGUAUGCAGCUACUGUUGGGAGGAUAUAGGGAGCUGGCACGAUGAUCGCGAUAAGAUUGCUGCGCAUCAUCGGAUUUGUAGGCAGGGUUGCAGGCUUUGCUCAAGAGAAUGAGUGUUGAGGUAGGAAUAGAUGAAGCGAGGGAGGGCGAAGAUAUGGAGAAGGGG